CUUUCCUGACGCUGAAGAUCCUCGGACUGCUCUUUGGAAGCCAUUACCUUUAAGAUGCGGACUAUUCACAAAGUAACCCCCGUUAUCGACUGUAUAUCGUUCGAUUUGCUGCCCGAUGGCAGUGUGGAACUUGCCGAUCCACCUUGCAAACCACCACUGUGUAUCCUAUGCCACCGUCCCAGCCACCGAUUUGUCACCCGGUCUUCCAACCGCAAUGGCAAUGCAGGACGUCCGUAUUACAAGUGCUCCCCUUGUGGAAAGUUCUUGUGCUUUGACGAUCGUGGCGGGAAUUCUCUUCGCAACCCUCCAUGCUUUUGUGACGUUUCCAGUAAGCUCCAGGUGACUGGACGCGAACGAACACCUCCACGAAAGCUGCACUAUGUGGGCCGGUUAGGCCAGUGCAACUUUUACAGGCAAUGCUACAACCGGAUGGAGGAGGAAGUUCCUCUUAGUGAAAAGUUUCUGGAUAACUUUGCCCACCUUGGUAUUGCUUAG